UCCGCCACUACACUUUACACCACUUCAUUAGAGCAAGUCAACAAUGCUAAUGAUCAUAAUAUAGAGAGUGUUCGCCUUGCGACGAUUCCUGCUAUCCAGUUCCAAGGCGAGGGACGAGGUUGCUUUGCAGCUCGUGAUAUUGAAAGUAUCAUAAUCGACAGCAAGUUUGCAUGUUCAAGAGACGAAGAUGGGCACACUUUGAUACCUCCAACGUUGGCACAAUUUGCUGAAACAUUCCAAAACGAUGCUGUCACGGCACUAGGCAUCCGUCCUCGAUUAUUCAGAGGCACGGACGCGUUAGAGAAAUCGAUAUUCAUCACACUUAGCAAGAAUAUCACUUAUUCCGACGCUGCUGGGCGCUCUUCCUCGGAAGGAUAUAUGAUCAAGGUUGAUGAGAAUGGAGUUACCAUUGCCGCCGCAAGCCCUCUAGGCGCGUGGUGGGGAACUCGCACUUUGUUGCAAGUCAUGGCCACCAGCAACGGAUGCUUCCCAUAUGGCAGGGCCACUGAUUCACCGGGAUGGACCGAGAGAGGAGUUAUGCUCGACGUAGGACGGCAUUAUUAUCCCCCGGAUUUCCUUAUCGAGAUGUGCUCGUUUCUGUCCUAUUUCAAGCAGAAUGUAUUUCAUCUUCACUUGAGUGACAACCUCUUUGUCAAUCAUGAGCUGCAGACCGAGAAGGAUAUGUGGGAACUCUACUCUGGCUUUCGACUGAGCUCAACAGAGCCAAAUGUGGCUGGCCUUGCAUCUCCCGCCAAUGAGUCUUAUACGCGGCUCCAGUUCGAAGAAAUUCAACAGAGAUGUGCUCAAAGAGGGGUCACUAUUAUUCUGGAGAUUAACAGUCCUGCGCACGCCUUGGCCAUCGCCAAGUGGAAGCCGGAAAUUGCUCUCGAGGGAGACCCAACGAUGCUGAACAUCAGCCAUCCAGAGACACUGCCAACAGUGAAAAGCAUCUGGCAGACAUUUAUACCGUGGUUUCAUUCAAAGACAGUGCAUCUUGGCGCAGAUGAAUACAGCGAUAAGCUGGUCGCCGAGUACAGCCGUUAUGUCGACGAGCUGGUCGCCUUCGUCUCAAGUUCUGGCAAAAACGCGAGGAUUUGGGGCACGUUUCCGGCUCGACAAGGUGGCAACUAUACUAAAGAUGUUGAUAUCCAGCAUUGGGCACCCUACGAAGACAAUCCUUACUUCGACUUCAUAAAAAACGGCUACAAAGUUCUGAAUUCGGACUUCGCCUUUUACAUCAACACCAAGUGGCACGGGUACUUCCCGCAGACCCUGAACAGCACUCUCAUCUUCAACGGUGACCCCAACGGUGGACCCUAUCGUCCAUACAUUUUCGACACAAGGAAUGCGACCAACAAUCCUCCAUCAGACGAACCUGCCGUCCUCGGCCACAUCGCAGCCCAAUGGAGUGACUAUGGCCCGUCGGCGUCGACGUACCUUGAAGCCUAUUACUCGUGGCGCGAUUAUCUCCCAGCCCUGGCCGACAAAGCAUGGGGUGGUGAUCUCUCUGAAAAAGAAUACGAAUCUAUCGUUGAUGAGCUCAUAAUAUCCGCACCGGGCCAAAACCUCGACCGCAGAAUUCAGUCUGAGACGGAUGUCAUUUUUGAUUAUCAUUUUGAUGCAGUCCCGGGGCAUCAGAAUCAGUCUCAAGCCGCUUCCGAGAUUAUUCUCGACCGAUCUGGCAACGGCCACGAUGCUACGAAUCGUGGAUGCAUCGUCAAUCAAUCAGCCAUACACUUCUCAAACGGCUGCUUUUUAGAAACACCCUUGAGUAGCAAAGGUCGCAACUACUCUUUAUCGUUCUGGAUCAAGCCUGAAAACUCUGCAGGACCGGCAAUGCUUUUUUCAGGCUCUGACUCGGCUUUGUACUCGGGGUAUGGGAACGCCAGUAACAUAACACUUGUCAGCGGCACCCAACCGUAUUUUCUCAACUACACGCUGCCCGUAGGAAAGUGGUCCCACGUUGUUCUGUCUGGCCAUGGAAAGAGGACCUUUUUCACCGUGUCCGAGGAGCGGUCAAGUCAUCGGACCAUGGAGGUGCUGGUCAAAGUUGAGCCAAACGGUGUUCCUGGUAGUAAUGGCGUCAUGAGCAUCUGGAUGCCAAUCGCGCUGGAGGCACCCUUGAAAUGGAUUGGAGAUGGAUUUAAUGGCCUCAUGAGAAAUAUCUCCUUGGUUAAUGGUUCCAAUCGAUAG